CAGCGGUUGUGCAGAGCAUGAAAAGCGCGCGAAAGAGAAUAAACUAAAUAGAAAGAUGAAAAUAAACUGAAAACUAAAUAAAACGGCAAAAUAAGAGCAACUAGAACAACGUUACAAAUAGUUUUAAUAAUCAUAUAUCAAUCAUAUAGUAUCAUUAUUAUUUUUAUUGGUGCCAGUGCUGUGAAACCGAAUACAAAGAGAUCAAGCCAGAGAGAGCGAGAGAAAGCAAAAGAGAAAGAGAGAGGGAGAGAGAGAUCAUCAAGACUUCCGAAAAGCGCAAUCAAAAGUUUUUGGCGCUCAAAUCGUUGGUGUAGUGAAUGAAAAUUGAGUUUCAAAUUGAAAUCAAAGCAAAACGCGAAAGCAAACGCAAUGUUCCUUAUUUGCAAAUUGUAGAGCAAAAUCAACAGCAGUCUAGAUCGAAGGAGAGAGCUAGAGAGCAAGAGAGAGAAGUUCAAGUGUCAUUGUGGUACCAAAAAGUUUAAAGUUUAAUACAAAAUGGUUUGUGCAAUGGAGCAACAGCAGCAGCAGCAACAGCAUCAGCAGCAGCAACUGCAACAGCAGCUGCAACAGUUGCCACAACAGCAGCAGCAACACGGCACAACAAUUGUGCUGCUGACAGCCGGCAACAACAAUGUGCACAUUGUCAGUGCACCGCAGCAACAUCAACCGCAGCAGCAGCAGCAGCAGCAACAGCAGCAACAAAUCAAAAGCCAGCUGAAGCAGCAACACUCGGCGCUGGUCAAGCUGCUGGAAUCAGGGCCGCUGAGCAAGCAACAACAACAGCAGCAGCAGCCGCAGCCUAGGCAAAUUGUUUACCUGCAACAACAGCAACAACAACUGCAACAGCAACGCAAAAGACUGAAAAACGAAGAGCAAAUACAACAACAACAACAACAGCAACAACAAACACCUGCAACACUAGUAAAGACAACCACCAACCAGACAACAGCAACCACAACAAAUAGUAUUAGUCAGCAGCAGCAGCAAAUUGUAUUGCUGCUACAACAGCCAGCUGCAACAGCAACAGCAACAGCCACUGUAACAGCAGCAACACCAAAGCCAUGCGCCGAUCUCAGCGCCAAAAAUGACAGCGAAUCGGGCAUCGAUGAGGACUGUGCGAACAGCGACGAUGAAUUGCCGCCCAAGGCCAAUGUUGUCAAUAGUCCAACGGCAACAGUUGCUGCCGCCGACUAUGAGCAAUAUCAAUGUCCGUGGAAGAAAAUACGCUAUGCGCGGGAACUGAAGCAGCGUGAAUUGGAGCAAACCACACUGGCUGCAGCAACAACAGCAGCAGCUGCAACAGCAACAUCAGCAGCAGCAGCAUCAGCAACAAAACCCACCAGCAACAAGCUCAAUCAACUGCAUUGUGAUAGUCCUUUCUCCGCGCAAACACACAAAGAAAUCGCCAAUUUGUUGAUGCAACAAACUCAUCAGCAGCAGCAACAACAGCAGCAGCAACAACAUCAGCAGCAACAGCAACAGCAAUUGAUGCAGCAGCAACAGCGACGUGACAGCUCCGACAGCAAUUGCUCGCUGCUGAGCAACUCGAGCACGCAGUCGCUGACAAAUGGCAUUGGCAAUUGUUGCACAUGCAACAGCAGCAGUGACGAGGAGCUGCAGCAGCAACACAAGCAGCUGAUCGAGGAUAUGGAUGCCCAGGACUCGGGCUGUGACGAUGAGCUGUGCGAACAGCAUCAUCAGCGCCUGGAGGCGUCGCAGCUCAACUAUUUGUGUCAAAAGUUUGACGAGAAGCUGGACACAGCUUUAAGCAACAGCAGCAGCAGCAACAACAACAACAACAGCAACACAGCUGCCGCCAAAGCGACGACAGCAAUUGAGGACGACAGCAAUGCUGAUGGCUUCUUCCGUCGCUCGAUACAGCAAAAGAUCCAAUAUCGCCCAUGCACCAAGAAUCAGCAGUGCAGCAUUUUGCGUAUCAAUCGCAAUCGCUGUCAAUAUUGUCGCCUGAAAAAAUGCAUUGCCGUUGGCAUGAGCCGUGAUGCUGUUCGCUUUGGUCGCGUGCCGAAGCGCGAAAAGGCGCGUAUUUUGGCCGCCAUGCAGCAGAGCACACAGAAUCGCGGUCAACAGCGUGCGCUGGCCACCGAGCUGGAUGAUCAGCCACGCCUACUCGCCGCCGUGCUGCGCGCCCACCUGGAGACGUGCGAAUUCACCAAGGAGAAGGUCUCGGCGAUGCGACAGCGCGCCAGAGACUGCCCCUCCUACUCCAUGCCCACCCUGCUGGCUUGCCCACUGAAUCCCGCGCCUGAACUGCAAUCCGAGCAGGAGUUCUCACAGCGUUUCGCGCACGUCAUACGCGGCGUCAUCGACUUUGCGGGCAUGAUUCCCGGCUUCCAGCUGCUCACCCAGGACGACAAAUUCACGCUGCUGAAGGCGGGUCUGUUCGAUGCGCUGUUCGUGCGUCUCAUUUGCAUGUUCGACUCGUCGAUCAACUCGAUCAUUUGCCUCAAUGGCCAGGUGAUGCGUCGCGAUGCCAUCCAGAAUGGAGCGAACGCUCGCUUCCUGGUGGACUCCACAUUCAACUUUGCGGAGCGCAUGAACUCGAUGAAUUUGACAGAUGCCGAGAUCGGACUCUUCUGCGCCAUCGUUCUGAUCACACCGGAUCGCCCGGGUCUGCGCAAUCUGGAGCUCAUCGAGAAGAUGUACAGCCGCCUGAAGGGCUGCCUGCAGUGCAUCGUCAGCCAGAAUCGGCCCGAUCAGCCCGACUUUCUGGCCAAGCUGCUCGACACCAUGCCCGAUCUGCGCACCCUCAGCACCCUGCACACCGAGAAGCUGGUCGUCUUUCGCACCGAGCACAAGGAGCUGCUGCGUCAGCAGAUGUGGAGCAUGGAAGAGGGAGACGGAGCGAGCAAGAGCCCGGCCGGCAGCUGGGAUGCCAUGGACGUGGAGGCGGCCAAGAGCCCCUUGGGCUCGGUCUCCAGCACGGAAUCAGCGGAUCUGGAUUACGGCACGCCCAGCAGCACGCAACUCCAGCAGCAGCAGAGCACACCAACCCAAUCCUCCUCCUCAGCAUCCAGCGCCUCCUCCUCCUCCUCCUCGUUGGCCAGCUCAGCACCGCUGCUGGCCGCCACACUCUCCGGCGGCUGUCCGCUGCGCAAUCGCGCCAACUCCGGCUCCAGCGGCGACUCGGGCGCUGCGGACAUGGACAUCGUUGGCUCCCAUGCGCAUCUCACACAGAACGGCCUGACAAUCACGCCCAUUGUGCGCCACCCGCAACAGGCCCAGCAGCCACAGCAGCAGCAGCAACAGGUGAACCAUCAGCAGCAGGUGAAUCAUCACCAGCAACAGCAUCCGCAGCUGCACCAUCACCUGACCUCGGGCGCCACGCGCUACCGCAAGCUGGACUCGCCCACCGACUCGGGCAUCGAGUCGGGCAACGAGAAGAACGAAUGCAAGGCCGUCAGCUCCGGCGGCAGCAGCUCCUGUUCGAGUCCGCGCUCCAGCGUCGACGACGCGCUCGACUGCAGCGAUGCGGCGCAGGCAGUCGCAGCCGCAGCCGGCGUCGGCGUCGGCGUUGUCUCCGUGUCGCCGGUGCGCUCGCCGCAGCCGUCGAGCAGCGCCAACCUGAAGCGCCAGAUUGUCGAGGAUAUGCCAGUGCUGAAGCGGGUGCUCCAGGCGCCGCCGCUCUACGACACCAACUCCCUGAUGGACGAGGCCUACAAGCCGCACAAGAAGUUCCGCGCUCUGCGCCAUCGCGAGUUCGAGUCCGCCGAGGCGGAUGCCAGCAGCUCCACCAGCAUGCCGGCGCACAGUCCGCGCCAGAGUCCCACGCCCACGCCCACACCGACACCCUCGCCCCACAACGGCGCCGCCGCCCACAUCAGCGUGGUGCAGACGCCGCCGCCGCCAGCCGCAGCUGCAGCGAGCAGUCAGCUGCACAUGCAUCUGACACGCGGCACGCCCAGCCAACAGCAGCACCAGCAGCAGCAGCAGCAGCUGGGCUCAUCGAUGGCCAGCACGCACUCGGUUUUGGCCAAGUCUCUGAUGGCCGAGCCGCGCAUGACGCCGGAGCAGAUGAAGCGCUCGGACAUCAUUCAGAACUAUUUGAUGCGCGAGCCGGCGACGGCGACGGCCAGCAGCACCACGGGCGGACGCAGUCCGAGCAGCCAUUGCCCCUCGCCCUCCACCAGCUCCCCGCCCCCAGCUGGCCAGCAGCAGCAGCAGCAGUUGCAGCUGCAGCACCAGCAACAGCUGCGCUGGUCCACCACCAGCUGCCAGCAGCGUCAGCAGAGCGUCUCGCCGCACAGCAAUGGCAGCAGCAGCAGCUCCUCGUCCAGCUCCUCAUCCAGCUCCACCUCCAGCGCCAGCAGCAGCAGCAGCAGCAACGGCAGCAGCAACAGUUGUCAGUAUUUCCAGUCGCCGCACUCCACCAGCAGCAGCAGCAGCAACGGCAAUGCCACCACCACCUCAGCGGCAGCCACCUCCAGCUGCAUUGUGAGUGCGCCGCCACGUGCCUCGCCGCUGAUUGAGCUGCAGGUGGACAUCGCCGAUCCUGCCCAGCCGUUGAAUCUGUCCAAGAAGUCGCCGACGCCGCCGCCGAGCAAGCUGCAUGCGCUGGUUGCUGCCGCCAAUGCGGUGCAGCGCUAUCCAACACUGUCCGCCGAUGUCACCGUGACGGCGGCCAGCAGUGCGGUCGUUACUGUGGCCACGCCCAGCAGCACACCGCCCACCAGCAGCAGCAACGGCAGCAGCAGCAGCGGCGGUGGCUUGGCAACCGUGCACAAAGUCAUGUUGGAGGCGUAAGCAGAGAGAGACUGAAGCGCGGGGCGUGGUCGACAUUUCCUUAA